AUGGGUCAAAACCUAUACAAUUAUCAUCCAGCUGAAUAUGAAGAUUCAAAAAUUGAUCUCCAAUAUCUUUUUGCAUGUGAUUUAUCACAACCCUCAUUUGUUCAUAUUCUCCAACAAUGUGUUGAAGAUAAUUCUGUGGUCUAG